CUCCUCCUUUCCCCCGGCCUGGAGCGGAGCCGCUGCUCCCUGCCCGGUCUCCCCAUUGUUGCGCCGGGUCUCGGGGUGGGCAGGCGCCCGGCUUGUGCGGAGAAUUGCUGCAGGACAAGGCUCGAGCCAUGGAAGAAUUAAUAGUUGAAUUGCGUCUGUUUCUUGAACUUUUGGACCAUGAAUAUCUUACAUCCACUGUCAGGGAGAAAAAAGCAGUAAUAACUAACAUUCUCCUGAGGAUACAGUCAUCAAAAGGUUUUGAAAUAAAAGAACAUCUACAGAAACAAGAAGUUUCCAAUAGUUUGCCUGCCCCACCUCAGAUGCCUCUACCAGAGAUACCUCAGCAAUGGCUGCCACCAGAUAAUGGGCCUCCACCUCUACCAACAUCGUCCCUACCUGAAGGCUACUAUGAGGAGGCAGUGCCACUUAGUCCUGGAAAGGCUCCUGAAUAUAUCACUUCUAAUUAUGACUCAGAUGCUAUGAGCAGCUCUUACGAAUCUUAUGAUGAAGAGGAGGAGGAUGGAAAAGGAAAAAAAAUGAGACAUCAAUGGCCUUCUGAGGAGGCUUCUAUGGACCUUGUAAAGGAUGCCAAAAUCUGUGCCUUCCUCUUGAGAAAGAAGCGAUUUGGACAAUGGACCAAACUACUGUGUGUUAUCAAAGAAAACAAACUACUGUGUUAUAAAAGUUCCAAGGAUCAGCAACCUCAGAUGGAACUGCUAUUGAAUGACUGCAGUAUCACAUACAUUCCCAAAGACAGUAAAAAGAAGAAGCAUGAGCUGAAAAUCACUCACCAAGGAACAGAUGCACUGGUUCUAGCAGUACAGAGCAAAGAGCAGGCGGAACAGUGGUUGAAGGUGAUUAAAGAUGUUUGCAGCAACUGCACUGGAGUGAUAGAUUCAGAUGGACCAUCAUCUAGUUCUCCGAUACACAAGACAGAGCUGGAAAAGAAAUUGUCCUCUGAGAGGCCAAGCUCAGAUGGGGAGGGUGCUAUAGAAAAUGGAAUCGCUGCUGUGUGUAAUGGAAAAGAACAAGUUAAGAGGAAGAAGAGUUCCAAGUCAGAGCCCAAGGGUGCAGUGACUAAAGUAACGGGGAAAAAAAUAACGAAGAUCAUCAGUUUAGGAAAGAAAAAGCCAUCAACAGAUGAACAGACCUCAUCAGCUGAGGAAGAUGUUCCAACAUGCGGAUAUCUGAAUGUGCUCUCAAAUAACCGGUGGCGUGAACGGUGGUGCAGAGUGAAAGAUAAUAAGCUCAUAUUCCAUAAGGACAGAACAGAUCUGAAGACCCACAUUGUUUCUAUUCCUCUGCGUGGCUGUGAAGUCAUUCCAGGCUUGGAUUCCAAGCAUCCCUUGACAUUCCGUCUGCUUCGAAAUGGGCAGGAGGUCGCAGUGUUAGAGGCUUCAUCAUCCGAAGACAUGGGCAGAUGGAUUGGGAUUUUACUGGCUGAAACCGGUUCAUCUACAGAUCCUGGAGCCCUGCACUAUGAUUAUAUUGAUGUGGAGAUGACUGCAAGCAUCAUACAAGCUGCAAAACAGACCUUCUGUUUUAUGAACAGACGUGUUAUAUCUACUAAUCCAUAUCGGGGAAGCACUGCCAAUGGCUACGCAUGUCCCAGUGGAAUGGCACUUCAUUAUGAUGAUGUUCCCUGCAUAAAUGGAUCGUGGGAACUGGAAGAUGGCUUUCCUACUUCUCGUAGCAGAAACAUGGGAGAAGAAGUGCUUUAUGAUAACGCAGGCCUGUACGAUAACUUGCCGUCUCCGAAAAUCUUUGCACGCUAUCCACCUGCUGACAGAAAAGCCAAUAGGUUAUCUACUGACAAACUCUCCUCUAACCAUUACAAAAAUCCUGUCUCAUCCAAUCUGUCCUCUGCUCAGUCUGUCACUAACACCUCUGCUGUGGGGAGGGGAUCUGGCUCUCAGUUUAAGGGCAAAAAAAGCUCUGCAACUGCAAAUGGGAUCUUGGGAAAAGGAAGAAUUUUAAACAACCAACAGAAGAAAUCUGAAUCAGCGUUAAGUGUGAAACGCACAGCAUCGAAUGCAGAUCAGUACAAAUAUGGCAAGAACCGUGUCGAGGCAGAUGCCAAGAGGUUACAAACUAAAGAGGAGGAGUUGUUAAGGAGAAAAGAAGCUCUGAGGAACAGGUUGGCUCAGCUCCGAAAAGAAAGGAAAGACCUGCGAGCUGCCAUUGAAGUUAAUGCUGGCAGGAAGACUCAAGUGAUUCUUGAAGAUAAGUUACGGAAGCUGGAAGAGGAAUGUAAGCUGAAGGAGACAGAGCGUGUAAAUCUGGAGUUGGAACUGACUGAGGUGAAAGAGAGCCUGAAGAAAGCCUUGGCUGGCGGCAUCACACUGGGAUUGGCAAUCGAGCCCAAAUCAGGAACCUCAAGCCCACAGUCUCCAAUUUUCAAGCAUCGAACUCUGGAAAACUCUCCUAUCUCCAGUUGUGAUACGAGUGAUACCGAAUGCUCAAUACCAGUGAACAGUGCGGCAGUGCUGAAGAAACCUCCUUCAUCAAGUAGUUCUCCAUGUCGAGGUCACGUCCUUCGAAAAGCAAAGGAAUGGGAACUGAAAAAUGGAACAUAAGCAUUACAAAUUUGUUUACUUUGCUUAAAGGCCUUGUUUCGUAUGGACCAAGAUGUAGGCUGCAAAAGACUCAUCUGUAAAGUGGUGUCAAAUGACAAGGUUUUAUAAUUAUGUUCAGUUAACAGUAGCCUUCAUUUGACUGUACUCUGUCUACUGUAUUACUGUGUAACUGAGUGUGCCCCUUUUUAUUACCUGUAACUCUUUAUUUCCAACCUUAUUUGUAAAAAUCUUAGUAAAAAGGAGCAUAUAGUUGCAACUGAAAGUUUACAUUGCUGAGAGAGGUUAAACCAACAAUGUAAAUGACAUUGCAUCAAAAGUCCUGAAUGGAAAUCAAAACUGGUGCACGCUUUGAGACCCAGACGAAAUCAUAUAAAUCUAGAUAUGUUGUACUAUUAAGGCUAAUUUUGACUUUCAGAAUUCUACCACCUGAGAGAGGACUUCUUUUCACAAGCUUGCUCAUUAGGAUUCAUUCUGCUGUUACCUGGUCACUUGGCAGGAGAUCAAAGAAAUGUUUCCACAGGAACGACAUGACUUGUUUGAGCUGGGAAGUCAGGAACUUUUCCCCACCACUCUUUUUGCUAUGGUUAUAGAUAACCAUGGAAUGACAACUUGUCUGUGAAGCAUUUUUUUAUACAUUUUAGACUGAUGCUUUUGUCAUCAGGA